AUGGCCAUUGCGCAAAGGUUCCUCAUCAGUAUGUCCUGCGAGGCCAACGCGCAACACUGGCCAAGGACUGUUGUUCUGCUCUUGGGAUUGCUCCUUGUUGGGAUCGUGUCCUCCAAUCCGCUUCCAAGUAGGACUAAUAGUACAACUUUAUUGGAGAAGCGAUGGGAGAGCCUCUUCUCCCGCUCCGUGCUGGGAAUCUCUGGAGAGAAACCAGAGGCGAACUGGGAGAAUGACUAUUUGCUGGGGAUCAAACGAGUGCGGAGGUUGUACUGUAAUGUAGGCAUCGGGUUUCAUCUUCAGGUCCUCCCUGAUAACAGGAUAAGCGGGGUUCAUAAUGAGAACCAGUACAGUCUCAUUGAGAUUUCCACUGUGGCCAGAGGGGUGGUUAGCCUGUACGGUGUGAAAAGCAAGCUGUUUGUCGCAAUGAAUAGCCGAGGAAGGUUGUAUGGAACGGCUACUUUUAAAGAUGAAUGCAAGUUCAAGGAGACCCUGCUGCCAAAUAACUACAAUGCCUACGAGUCCUCUGUUUACAAGGGAUUCUAUGUCGCUCUCAGCAAACAUGGCCGAGUGAAGAGAGGCAACAAGGCCACCACGGCCAUGAAGGUCACCCACUUCCUCCCUCGAAUAUGAGCAGACUCACAUAAUAAUUCUUUAUUUGCACUGGUCUCCCAAGAGAUCUUGAAACCAACAUAUGGACAUGUGACUAUACGAGGAACUGCAAGAAUGUCCCAAUAGUACUUAUUCUUUUUUAUAUGUAUAUUUGGAUUGGUCAGCUUUUUAUUAGAAUCUCAGAAUAUGCUGCUUAUGUAUUUUAUUUAUAUAUUAUCAUUUAUGGAUGUGGAGGCUCAACUAGCCUUUCUUUCCGUAGUCAGGUGCUUGCCAAGAAUGAAACUGACUCUGGGGUGGAUGACUAAAGUCCUCCUUGGCUUUUUACAGUAAAAUGACAUUUUUAUUACCUCAAAGAGCUACCUAGAUGGUUUCAAAGUGCGCACGAAGUUACACAGUGAUGAAUGCUUUUUUAUUUUUAGUUCUGAGCCGAGCAUAAUAAGACCUUAUUUUUUAUUUAUUAAUUUUUUUUUUUACCUUUAACAGGUUUUUUUUUCUGUUUUCUCAUGCUGUGAGAUUGUGUGAGCACUUAACAGAAAGUAGAUCUCUCUUGCUGCAUGUUGUGCUGAGGUGCCUUGGCAUUCCCAAACGCCGCCCCUUUAACAUGCAUGCUCCAAACGCCCCAGGGCGUCAGAAAUAGGGCUGAUAUGUUAGCCAGGGCCCCGCGGGGACUGUCCCACGAGGGCCCCGGAGAGGGGAGAGGGGGGAAGGGUGUGCAUCUCUGUUUUAUUUUAUUUUUCUCUAAUUAGAGAACACCGUGUCUCACUUUGAGCUCGUACGAGACUCGAGAGUGACUCACGAACAAUAAUCCAAAAGCUGCACUGUCAUCUUUGUAGCUCAGCAUCAAUUGGUUGUCUAUUAAGGGGCUCAGAAAUGAGGUGAAACAUUAUCUUUUCGCCCCGUAAGAGCUUUGAGGCUGUAGGUUUUAUUUUCUUAUGGUUUUGCAAUCAACAUGAGUCUUUUUAUAAAGAGCAAAGAAAAAAAUACAUGAGAUAACUAUAGGGGAACUGAAGCAAGUGCACACUAAAAAUUAUUCUGCCCACAAACUUAGACAUGGCUGGUUAAAAUAUAUUGCUUAUCACAGGUUUGCCUGAACAAAAAGAGCACUUUAAGCUUUAAGCAUUGCUGUGAAUGGGAAAAUCUUCUAAACCAAUGAAAAUAUUCUAAAAACUGCCUGUGCACUGAUAAAGUCCAGUAGGACGGAGCUUUAUCGCUUGUUUUGAAAGGCAAAAUGUGUUUCAGAUUGCACACUGCCAUCAACGAUGGUAUCUGAUUCAAGGGAAUACGUGCAGUAUAUUUAUUUAUUUUGGUCUCUGGUGAAAGAGUGAGUUUGUGUGCACCUGUCCAUGAGGAUGUUUGUGCGUGUAUUAGUCCUGGUAGAGAGGGCAGUGUGUCAGGGCUUUUCUUGUUGCUGCAGAGGCACUGCAGUGGCACUCAGCUUUGCUGGCUGUGCUGCUGCUCUAUGCAAAUGUAAUUACAGGGUAGAUGCCGUGUGGCAUCCAAACUGAGGGACAGUCACUGUUUUUUAUGAUUUCAGUCCGUCUGCCUUUGUUUGCAUCAGUCUCUGUCACCAAAUGUUGCCCCACCCUGAGGAGACUUUUCUUAAAACGAAACUGGAAAGGAAUGAUGCUAUUUUAGAAAGAGUUAUGGGACAACAUAGCCUGGUUGUUAGUUCAAUCUGUUUGAAGUAUGUGGGUUCUGGGGGGUGGAAUACCUGAGCAGAGGCCACACUGCUGACAUCUCCUAGUCCUGUAAAAAGCUGCAGUGCACAGAAGCCUUGGAAUUCCAGUAGUAGCACAUGGGCUCUUUCCGGUUUUCCAUCCAACUUUAGUCCAAGGUCAUGGCCAUGCAAAGACUUAAAGGAAUAGUUUAUUUAAAAAAUGAAAAUUCUGUCAUUAUUUACUCACCCUCUUGUCAUUCCAAACCCGUAUGCUGUUAUUUGCCUGUUACUCGUCUGUCAGGCUCCAAAAAGGACAAUAAAACUAGACCAUAUGAAACUUGUGAAAGCCAUUUGGUAGCUUUGUGUGAGGAACAGACUGUUAUUUAAAGGGAUAGUUCACCCAAAAAUGAAAAUUCUCUUAUGAUUUACUACCGUCCUGGCAUCCCAAAUGUGUAUGACUUUCUUUCUUCUGCAGAACACAAAUUAAGGUUUUUAGAAGAAUUUUUCAGCUCUGUAGGUCCUCACAAUGCAAUUCUGAAGCACCAAAAUCUACAUAAAGGCAGCAUAAAAGUAAUCCAUAUGACUCCAGUAGUUAAAUCCAUGUGUUCAGACCUGGUUUUAUAGGUGUGGGUGAGAAAGAGAUCAAUAUUUAAGUCAUUUUUUUUAUCAUAAAUUCUCCUCUACCCCCAGUAGGGGGUGAUAUACAUGAAGAAUGUGAUUGAUCAAACACAGAAGGAUAAUGUGAAAGUCAAAGUGAAAGUGAAGAUUGACUGAGCAAGAAUUUAUUGUAUUAAAGGACUUAAAUAUUGAUCUGUUUCUUAACCACACCUAUCAUAUUGCUUCUGAAGACAUGGAUUGCAUCACCAGUGUCGUCUGGAGUACUUUUAUGAUGCCCUUAUGUGCUUUUUGGAGCUUCAAAGUUCUGGCCACUAUUCACUUGCAUUGUAUGGACCUACAGAGCUGAGAUAUUCUUCUAUAAAUAUUUGUCUGUGUUCUGAAGAAGAAAGAAAGUCAUUCACAUCUGGGAUGGCAUGAGGGUAAGUAAAUGAUACUGUAAAAUAAUUUUCAUUUUUGGGUGAACUAUUCCUUUAAGUCGUUAUUCACUGAAAAUCUGCUGCAGGUCUCAAAUCUAAUUCAAUCUGUUGCAUUUUUUAAUGCAGUCUUUUGACAAGUUGUAAUAAUUUGUAAGUACGACUUGCCUCGUAUGAAAAGUUAUGACCUUUAGAGCAACCAAUCAACAAACAGAAUUUCAAAUCGAAACAAAACAGGUAUCACAUUUUAUCUAGCCUCUUAUCCAACACUUUAUUUUAAGAAAGGAAACAUCUGUGAACAAAUUUUGGAUAUUGUUUGUCAAUAACCUGUAAUACACUUUCCUCGUCUCGUUCCAAACACCAGUGUUUUCUUUCUUCUGUUGUACGCAAAAGUUGUAUUAUACCAAAAAAGGGUUCCUGUAGCUCAGCUGUUGGAGCACAGGCAGUAGCAGUGCCAGGGUCAUGGGUUUGAUUCCCAGGAAACACAGACUGAUAUAUAAAAAUGUGUACCUUAAAUGCUUUAAAAAAUUUAAGUAUACCUUAAAACUGAUAUAUAUAAAAGAAGUAUACCUUACAUGUCAUUUGGAUAAAAGCAUCUGCCAAAUGCGUAAUUUAGUUUUUUAUCCUAUAAAAUCGUUAAAAGGUUUAAGGUUUGGAAAAAGGGUUAGACUUUAUGGUUUGGUUUAAGUUCAGGGUUAAGCUUAGGAAAAAUCAUAAUAACAUUGGUUGUUGGUUUGUUUCUAUUUCUCUAUAGGCGUAAAAGCCAUACGCUUUUGUAUGAUUUCGCCAUCUCUUACUAUUAUUACAAUUUUUGUAUAUUGUAUAUUUUUUGUUGUUGCGUUUUUUGUCCUGUUUGGAGCUUGAUAGCCAUUCACUAUAAACUGUUGUUCAAGAGCUGCAUGAAGGUUCUCCAAAAUUAUCCUUGUGUGUUCCACGAAAAAAAGAAAAGCAUACAGGUUUGGAACGACAUAAGGAUGAGUAAAUAAUUACAGAAUUUUGUUGUUUGUGUGAACAAUUCCUUUAAUCCAGGGUUGAAAUGGUCUGGUCUGUGUGCCAUCCUGGAUCUCUUCUGACAAACUAAUUGUGGCUUUGAGAUUUUUUCUGUUUUCUCUGUUUCUCUCCUUCCUCUUUGAAUAAAUAUAUUUGAAUGGAAUGACAUAGUACUUUAGGGAGAAAAGGGGGCAAAUUAUUUCUUUCAUAUGUCUGCCAAGUUGCUUAUUCUGUGGUCUUGAUUUGUGAAGAAAUGUUUCAGUAUUGAAAGGCAUUCAGGAAUUGCUUUUAAAUUAGCAAAUUUCUCAUCAAUUAUCCUUUGGUGUUAUUCUACAGUGCCAUCGAGUGCAAUAUUCAACUGAUGUGCCUCAGAAUUCAGUGUGAGUCCCAGUGAGACUUGCAAACACAUUCAUAAGACAUAUGGAGGUAUUUAUCAUCCAGAAUCAUUGCUUUUCAUAAAUAAGUCUGUUUUAAGUAUCUUUAAUUAGAUCGAUGAGUGAUGGAAUAUACCAGUCUAAACCAGUUGUAAUAAUAAUGAUUUAGGUCAAUCUGUUUAUCUAAUAUUUUAUUACAGUAUGUGUUAUAAAUUUGAAAAUCUUGAGCACUUGUAAAACGUUAGGAAGGGUGGGGAGAAGUGGAGAAUGCAUGUCUAUUGAUUUGGCAGACACUUUUAUCCAAAGCAACUUAAUACAGAGCCAAAUAAGCAGUUUCUUACUGUUUACGACAACAUUAUCCCAGUCUGUGAAGAAUGAGUGAUGUGCGUGAACAUUCGGGAAUCGGAGCCAUCUCAACUGCUGAUGUAUGUCACUUGGAUUUAUAGCAACAGCUGUAAAAAUGUUUAUUGGGCAUAGAAUAUAGACACCAGUUUCCUGGUAGAUUCUGGUACCUCAAGCUCAUGAGAAAAACGUAUGUGUGCAUGCAUGACUGCAGGCUGUCACCGUGUCACAGUCUGAGAGUUUUUAAAUCUUUGGAGCUCAGAAUGGCUUUUGAAUGGCUUCCUCUUUUAGGGGUGUGGCAUUAAUCAUUUAGUGUGACUUCUGGUCUGUUUUUCUUUUCACUACCAAACUACCUACAGUACAUUUGACUUAAAGGUAAACACAGCUAAAAAGGAAAUGACAGUGGUAUCCAAAUUCAAAUAUACUUAAGCAUUGAACCAGAACCACUGAGCACCUGAUAAUACCAAAAAAAUAACAAAUAGUUCUGAUUAAUUCAUUAAUACUCAUUUCAUAUCCAAAAUAUUUUCCUCAAGAAUCGUUUUAAUAAUUAGCUGCAGUGGUCAAUCUGCAUGUCAGUAAUGUUUGUGUGAUCCAGAAAUUUUGUGGGCUGUGUAUUUUCUCUUUGUUUGAAAGUUCUGCACUCUCUUUGAACACAUCACUCACCCCCUGCUUUAGUUAUGAUUUCUUGCAAUGAUUUUGUGACAGUAGGAAACAAAAACAAUCACUGAUGCUAUGUAUGAAAACAGAUAUAUUGGAAAAAAUAUUUUUUAUUUUUAUUUUUCUACGUAUGUGCUGUGCACAGCAGUUUAAUCAUAUUCAUGUUGUUAAUAAAACUUUGCCUUUUUUUCCUUUUCUUUAUUGUUUUUUCUUUUAUUUCACAUGUCUGUAUAUUUGGUUUUCAUUUUUCAUUAUGCUGAAAGUAGCAAGUAUAGUGAGGAGCAACCCUGAGCAGUCUUGGUUGGACUCACAGUGUGCCAAGCUUCUACCACUUUUCUAGAAAUACAUUUCACUCACGAUUAUGCUGUCAGGAUAUCACAAUCAUACAGGAUCAUUUAUACAAUAUGAAACAGUUAAAUAAACUACUUGCAAAUAAUUCAUAAACUUACUCUGUCAUGUUUUUUUAUUUUUUAGGUUUUUGCUUCUUUCACUCGAGCUGAAAAGUUAAUAAAUCCAGUCCCCUAAACAAACCUAAGGAGCAACCAUUGCAUAUGACAUCCACAGAACAGAAUUUAUUAAUCUUUCAUUGUUUAAUUAAGGAAUAUUACUGUCAAACAUUUACAUUAAUGUUCUUGCCAGACUUUCAAGUGCAUAUAUUGUGCCAUCUAAUCAGGUACAGAUAGGAACAGUUAAGAAAUCCUUAAUAUUAUCUUAUUGGAGCUUGAUUUCAAUGUUUUUGAAAUCUAAAUGAGCAUGAUGAUCAAUUGAUUCAUCUAUUUAGUUUCAUUAUGCAAUACAAAAAAUUAAUUAAAUGGUUAUAGUCAUUGUACAUUUAGUGGUUCUAUAGUUAAAUAUGAGAAAAAAUUACCAAACUAUAUAUUGAACA